AUGUCGAAUAUUCAAUUUGAAUAUGUUGAUGAAUCAUCAAUUGAUGAAAAUUAUAAAUGUUUAAUAUGUAAUGAACCAUUUCAACAACCAGUAACAACAUCUUGUGAUCAUACUUAUUGUCAAGAAUGUAUUCAACGUUGGUUAGAUGAAGGUUAUUCAUCAUGUCCUGUAUGUCGUCAUCCUUUAUCAAUUAAUAAUAUAAAACUAGUUACAACUCGUUUAAUAUUAAAUAUUCUUGAUCGAUUACUUGUUAAAUGUCUACAAUGUGGACAAACUGGAAUUCAACGUGGUAAUUUUAAUGAUCAUAUUAAUAAAAUAUGUCCAAAAGGAGAGAUUGUUUGUUCAGCAUCUGAUAUUAAAUGUCCAUGGUCUGGUCAACGUGAUCAAUUUCAAAAUCAUCUUAUCAAUUGUAGUUAUGAACAAUUGAGACCAGUCUUAGAUUCUCUUAUUAAUACAAAUCGACAACUUGAACAACAAGUUCAAAAUCUUACGAAUCAAGUACAAAAUUUACACACAGCAGUUCAAAAGCCAAGCAGACGAUUAAUAACUUUUGAUAAACUUUUUGAAAUCGAUAAAAAAGUUGAUUUUGGAACAUUAUCAGAAUCAUAUGAAGGUUUAAAAUGGAUAAAUGUAUGGUAUAUGCAUGAACAAUGGGUUAAAGCAAAUCAUGCAUAUAGUGGAUGGGAAAAUGCUUUUACAAAAGGUCAUGUUUGUAUUGCUUUUAAUGGAAAAGCAACAGCUGCUUGGCUUGAUAAUCUUCAAAUUAAUUUAAUUGGACGACGAGUUCAAGAAGAUCUUUAUUCAACAACAAUUAUUCUUCAAUAUGAUACUUCUCAAGUAUUUAAUCUUGAUUGGAAUGACAUUGAUGAGAUUCAAUUUAUACCAAUUAAUGGAACAUCACAUCCAGGAAUUCAAUAUACUGAAAAAUAUUUUGCAAUAACAUGGAUAUUGAUAGAUUAA